UCUCUUCUCAAGGACACAAUUCUUUUAUCAAGAAUGGAGCAUGAAAGCAUAGACUGGAACAACAUCGAAUCGAUAUUCGAAGAAGAUGACACAUACGAGAAUAUCAAUGCGCCUAAAUGGGUUGAUCUUUCUGCUCCAUGUGAAACUAUGGAUGAUGAAGCCUGGUUCUGCAAACCUGGCUGCAAGCAUCCCAAGAGUGCAGAAGAUUAUCUUAAAUCAAAGCACUACUCUAAGGUGAAGUUGCUAAGGUCUAUGACUAUAUCUGAAAUUCUUCCUUUCAGGGAUAGAACUCGCAGAGAAGCGAAGGCUAAAAAUGGAGAAAAAGGGUCUAAAUCUGCAGAAAAUGUAAAUGAAGACAAUGAGAACAGGAACCCAAACUUAUCUACUCCACCUCUAAGAGCCAAGACUAUGCCUAAGAAAUUGGCAAAGAAAUCAUCUAUGGAGGAGAAAACUCAGUUGGAUGAUUUAAGAGACAAUUCAGCGAAGUCUGAUAAGAAGCGAGGUUUAAGGAGUACCUUCUCCGCGCGUAAUUUGGUAGCAGGACGAGAAAUUUUAAGUCAGAUAACAGAAUUCUGCGCUGAAUUGAAGAAAAUGGCAAGGAAAGGUUCAAAAAAAGGAGCACCAGAGAAGGCUCCGAAUGGUGUUUUGGGUGAAUUGAAGGAGAGGGUAAGAGAAAGAGAGAGGAUGCCUCUGCUUGUGGUUAAAGAAAGCAAGUCUAAAGAGCAUGUGUAAAUGAAACAGGGGAAAUAGAGAAUUGUUAUUGAACAAGCAUUAAAAAGUUUUGUGCCAGUAGGACCUAGUUGCAUUGUUAUUUUUUUUUAUGUUUUUUCAUCAACAGGUAAUCUUGGACUGAUUUUGUGACAAAUUCUCUAAGAAUAAUACCAAGCCAUGAUUUUAUCAA